UGUGCGCCGCCGCUGGAGGCGGGGCCUGGGAGGACGCGGAAGGAGGAGGAGGAGGAGGAGGGAGGAGAAACGAGGCAGGAGGGAGGGCGAGGUAGAGCGAGGUUGACUGGGGACUGGGGAGAACGACGGUGGGCGGCUUUCCCCGAGCAGCAGUCCAGAGGGAGGACCCGGGGGAGCCGAGGAGCGCGCUGCAGCGCCGAAAACGCGUCCCACAUUUUUUUACCUACUUUGGUGCGAUUCCCGCCGUCCUCCCCUGAUUGGCCCAGCCCGGCACCGUCGGGCCCUCGCGUGAGGGAAAAAUCUGCACAUUCUUCCCUCUUCCCGAGGUGACUGUGGCCAUUCAGAGUGCUCUGUGAGUCACCGCUAAUUUCAGGUGAUGCUAAUGCGGCUGGUUGGGCACCACGCUUUGAGAAGAACGAACCCACCUAUAUCACACUGCAGCUGGAACCCUUUGUUUCUCUGCCUGGGACUCAGCAGCCCCUCCACCUGUAAAGUCUUCAAAGAGGAACUCCUGCUGGAUGACUGAGUCAGCUAAGCUCUGGGUUUCAGGGCAGAUCAUGAUCUCACGGUUUUCCCCAGCAAUCAUAAUGUUGCCUAACUUGGAUCAUCUGCACUCAUCCAACUGAAGUCCGAGUCACUGCAAGAAGCUUCUGUUUUCUUCCAACCACGUCAAGAAGUUUUCUCCGGGCUCGUCUAACAUAGCUGCAUGGUCCGCUAAUCCGGCGCACAAAAGCAGGCCUGCUGCUCUUUUAUUCUUCCGGGGGCUGGGCGCCGUGUUGAGCUCGACAGCUGAUCGGCUCUGGAACGUCCCAGCAGCGUGCCUGGGCCCCCCCGAUGUUUAUUUAGCGGCCCGCCGCCCCGGCGCACGGCCUCCCCGAGCCGGUUCGCGCGCGCUCGCCCGCACCGGAGCCAUGUACCGGCGCAGCUACGUCUUCCAGACCCGCAAGGAGCAGUACGAGCGCGCCGAGGAGGCGCCGCGCGCCGCCGAGCCCGAUAGCCUGGCGGAGGGCCGGACGGCGGCGCCCAGCCUGGCCGCGCUGCAGGGGCUCGGCGAGCGCGUGGCUGCUCACGUCCAGCGGGCCCGCGCGCUCGAGCAGCGCCACGCCGUCCUCCGGAGGCAGCUGGACGCCUUCCAGCGCCUGGGCGAGCUGGCCGGCCCCGAGGACGCCCUCGCCCGCCACGUCGAGGGCAACCUCCAGCGCGCCCGGGACCUGGCGGCCGAGCGCACGCGGCUGGAGCGCCAGGGUGCGGAGGCGCAGCGCGUGCUCGACGAGUUCCGCUGCAAGUAUGAAAACGAGUGUGAAUGUCAGCUGCUCCUAAAAGAAAUGCUGGAACGGCUUAACAAGGAAGCUGAUGAAGCCUUACUGCAUAACCUGCGCCUUCAGAUCGAAGCCCAGUUUCUGCAGGAUGAUAUCAGUGCAGCAAAGGACAGGUACAAAAAGAAUCUUCUGGAAAUUCAGACCUAUGUCACCAUCCUGCAGCAGAUUGUCCAGACCACCCCUCAAGCAUCUGCCAUUACAAGUGGGAUGAGGGAGGAGAAGCUCCUGACGGAACGAGAAGCCGCUGUCCUGCAGAGCCAGCUGGAGGAGGGCCGGGAGGUAGUGUCCCUCCUGCAGGCACAGAGAGCCGAGCUGCAGGCCCAGACGGCGGCCCUGGAACAGGCUAUUAAAGAUGCCCACGAGUGUUACGAUGACGAGAUUCAGCUCUAUAACGAGCAGAUCGAAAGCCUGCGGAAGGAGAUUGAGGAGACUGAGAGGAGCCUGGAGAGGUCUUCCUAUGACUGCCGGCAGCUGGUGGUCGCCCAGCAGACCCUGAAGAACGAGCUGGAGCGGUACCACCGGAUCAUUGAGAACGAAGGCAACAGGCUGAGCUCUGCCUUCAUUGAAACUCCUGUCACCCUGUUCACCCCAAGCCAUGGAACCUUUCUCAGCUCUCGGCUUGGUGGGAAAGAUCUCACUAGGGCUGUGCAGGAUAUAACAGCAGCAAAACCAAGACAGAAAGGUCUCCCCAAGAACAUUCCAAGGAAAAAGGAGAUUAUAGCUAAAGACAAAGCUGAUGAGAGUCUGGAAGACAUACCACUGAAAGGUCCAGAAGACACAAAGCUGGUGCAGGUGGUACCCAAAGAAGAAGGUGAAUCUAAGCUUGAAUUAGGAGCUGAAGAAGCAAGUCUCCCAACCCCAGAAGGGGCUCCAGAAGACGUGCCAGAUGGAGGGCAGAUAAGCAAAGCCUUUGGGAAACUGUUCAAGAAGGUUAAAGACAAAGUGAAAAGCCCCAAAGAACCUGAACCUCCGGCUGACCUCUACACCAAAGGGCGGUACGUGCUGGUUUCUGGGGAUGCCAGUUAUGUGGACCCUGGGUUCUGUUCCUUCUCCAUCCCAGCCAAAGGCGGAGUGGUUAUUUCCAUUGAGGAUGACUCUGUACAUCGCGACAGCACUGUGGAGCCCUCUCCUGAGCCACCCGGGCCCCCUGUGGAGAAUGGACAGGGGGACCUUCAGGAGAAGGAAGGCGGAAAGGCACCUAACCAGCAUACUGCCGACAAGAAGAAUGAGAUUAGUGCCGAAGAACCGAAAGGGCCUGGGGAGAAACAUGAUGACCAGAAGGAAGAGAAGGAAAAGGAGGAGGAGGAGGAGGAGGAGGAGGAGGAGUCGUCGUCAUCAUCCAAGGGGCCCUGUCCCGUGAUCACACCUGGUCCAGAGGGACCAUCUACACCCCAGUCGCAAAGGCCUGGGGUCGGUCAGGGUGGAUCUGGGGGGCAUACGGCUAGGAGCAGUGAUGCACAGGAGAGAAGUCCGCCCAGGACUUUGGCAUAUGAGAAGGUGGAAGUGAUGGAAUCCAUUGAGAAGUUUUCCACGGAGAGCAUCCAGACGUAUGAAGAAACGGCUGUCAUCGUGGAGACCAUGAUUGGGAAGACAAAGGCAAACAAGAAGAAAUCGGGAGAGAAGAGCUCUUAAAAUGCCCGGGGUCAGUGGGAAACAACGUCUUUGGGGCCACUGUAGGGGAAGUGCCUUGAUAUUUUAGAACAGAUGACAAAAGAGUGAAGGUUCCUUGUUUGGAUUAGACCAUAGUUGGCCCUUCUGACGUUGCCAAUGAAGCCUUAAUUAAAAAGUUUUCUUUGCUUGCACACCCUUUGUCU